AAACAUACAAGAGAUGUCACAAAGUUCCAACUUUUACGGUGCAUUGUGGGUAAACAAAGAUUGAGCUGCGAAAAAGAAUCCAUGUUUUGAAAUUGAAUUCACUUACAAACUAUGUCGAAACGAAAGAAGACGACUGCUCUGAUUGAUUCAGACAGUGACGAUAGUGAAAGUGGCUCAAACCUUGACGAAGAUUUCAAAGCUCUGGCAAAAAGGAAGCGUCCAGCAGCUGAACCACAGACGGCAGCAAAGGCAAAAAGUGACUCGGAGUCUGAGACAUCAGAAAGUGAUGAAGAUUGGAAUUUUGGGAAGAAGGGAAGCAAGAAGAAGAAAGCAAAAUCCUCGUCCAAAAAAACCAAGCGAAAGGCAGCAGUAUCGUCAGAUGAAAGUGGAGCAGAAAGUGACAAACCUGUCUCUGAGCCUGAGGAAGGGGAGGUGUCUUCCAGUGAUGAUGGUGCUGUGUCAGACUCGGACCAGGAAGAACAAUUUAACGAUGGCUAUGAUGAAAAUCUGAUUGGGGAUGAAGAAGAUCGACUGCGAUUAGAACAAAUGACAGAAAAAGAAAGAGAACAAGAACUGUACAACAGAAUUGAGAGACGUCAGGCCCUCAAAACAAGAUUUGAAAUAGAGAAGAAGUUAAAACAGCAGAAGAAAAAAGAACAAAAAAAGAAGGAGAAAGUGCUGCUGUCAUCUGUCCAGGAAUUAAAAGAUCUGAAGUCGGCCAGUCAGAGAAGUAUGGAAAGACGGAAAAAUAUGGAGGAGAAAAAGGACAACAAAAAAUUCUCUGCCCUCUCAGACCUCAUGAAGAAACGCGAGGAAAAAAAGAAAAUCGCUGAAGAGCAGAUCAAAAAGCAAGAAGAAAAACAAGAACAGAAAAAGAAACUGCUGAAAACAAGUGAUAUAUACUCUGAUGACGAUGAUGAUGAAGAGGAGGAUCCUAAAUCUGAACCCGAAAAGGAACGAGGAGAAGAUUCUGGAUCUGAAUCUGAGAGCAGCAGCAGUUCAAGGUCAUCUGCCAGAUCCGACUCGGAGGGAGAAGAGACCUAUGAAUCACGAAAACCAAAAUUUAUAACCUGCAAAGAAGAUCUGUCCAAAAUACGUUUGUCUCGACACAAGUUAGAAAAAUGGUGUCACAUGCCUUUCUUCAAGAAGACGGUUUGUGGUUGUUUUGUUAGAAUUGGUAUUGGAAACCAUGAGGGAAGAGCCGUGUACAGAAUUGCAGAAAUUGUUGACACUGUGGAGACUGCAAAAAUUUAUCAGCUCGGUACAACACGAACAAAUAAGGGAGUCAAAUUAAAACACGGACACUCUGAACGCGUGUAUCGACUGGAAUUUGUAUCCAACCAAGACUUUACAGAUUCCGAAUUCUCCAAGUGGCAGGAGGCAAUGACCCUCGGAGACAUCCCUAUCCCCACCCUGCAGGAUGUCGACAGGAAGCUAAAAGCCAUUCAAGAGGCUAUGAAUUAUAAAUUCAAAGAAAAUGAUAUUGAAGAGAUUGUUGCAGAGAAGCAGAAAUUUAAGAAGAAUCCUCAUAAUUAUGCCAUUAAGAAAACCUUUUUGCUCAAACAAAAGGAAAUGGCAGAUUUGGAGGGCGAUACAGCAUCACAGUACAAAAUAUCCCAGGAACUGGAGGAAUUGGAAGAAAGGGCCAAUGAAUUAGAUAGGAGACGGACCAAUAAUAUAUCAUCCAUAAGCUAUAUUAACCAAAGAAAUCGUCUGAGGAAUCAAAUUUUGGCAGAGGAAGCAUCGAAGAAAGAGUUUUUGGAGAUGAAGAAUGCUGUUGCAGAUCCUUUCACUCGACGGUCAUGCCGUCCCACACUCGUCACAAAGGCCCGCGAUCCAGAAAUGGAGGCCAGAUUACAAGAAAGACUAGCAGAGAAGAGAAAAGUAGAGGCCACUCGUAGGAAAUCUCUGGAAGAAACGGCAAUCAGAGACAAGAGAGAAGAGACCAGCGAUCAAAACCAAUUUCCCAUUAGAUUAUCUGGAACAUCACCAGAGAAACUGGACAGGGGUGACCGCCGCCGGACAUCAGAAGAUUUGUUUGCAGUCCAUGAUUUUAACAUUGAAAUUGACUUGGAUGUCCCUACCACCAAUCCAGCAGUAGCUGCCAACAGCAGAGGCCUCCAGUUAGUGAAGGAGGUGGCUCCGAAGCGGUCCCUCAAUCUGGCAGAGUAUAAGAAAAUGAAAGGACUUAUUUAGGGAAAACACGGGUUGUGCAUGUGUGAGUGUGAGAGAAGAUAGAGAUGACAGCAUGGAAGACUAGAGAUUUGUUGUAUGUUUUGUUUCAUUUCAGCCUCAUGAUGUGUUCUGUAUUCGACUGGUUGCUUAUUUUGUGAAUGAAUCAGGACUUAAAAAUGGAAGUCGACAUUUAAAUUUGCUAACUUUUUGAAAUGUUUUUGUUGAAAAGCUUUCUAAGAGAUUUUAGUUGAACAGUGAAAAAACCCAAAAAUUACUGGUAUUAAAGAAAUUGGUAAUGUUUGUUAUCAUGAAUUUACAUUUUUUUAAGAGUUUGCAUAACAAGUUUUGAAUGCAGUAUAUUUAUACCAGUGGGGUAGCUAAUCAAUUACAAAAUGGCCUGGGGACAGCAAUGGGUAGGGAGGGGAACCCUUAAAGGCACCUUGGUUCUUGGGUGUUUGGACUAAAUUUUGUAAUGUAUGAUAAAAGCAAACAUUAGUUUCAAUAAAAUGAAAUGAAGCAAAUAUCAAUUUGACCAGAAAAUCUGUAUUCAUUUGCUACUCCACUGUUUGCACCAGCAUUUGUAUAUUUUGAGAAUUUUCUGUAUACAGUUUAACUUUUGUGUGGUUUGCUUAGAUUGAAAUAAAGAAUUAGGGUACCUUUUUUAUACACCCAUUAACAAGUAAAAUGAACUUUGUUGACAUAUUGCUAUUUAAUAAAGUUUUCUUAUGUACAAGACACCUUGACAACUACAGUAUAAGAAUACAAGAAAAUGUAUAGAGAUGCUCAUAAAGUUACAUUUUAUGCAUAAAGAGAGUUGGAAUUAUGAAAUUCCUUUCAUGUAAUGCACUAAUUUAGUACAUACUAUGAUAUACUCUCCUACAGGUCAUUUGUUGUUGGUGUUUUUUUAGUAUUCAAAUAUUUUAUGUAUAUACAUGUACAUUGGCACUUAAAAACUCAUUUGUAUUAAAAUCCCAGUUCAAUGUUAAAUAUUGACUUCAAAUGUCAGAUUUCCAAAGUUUUUAUGAAUUCUAUACAAAACCUCAACCAUAGAACAACUGUUUAUCAGAGUUGUGUCCUGUGAUGUGAACGGAUCGGUGCAGACAGACAUCUUCAUUUAAUUAUACAUGUAGUGAAUAAUUGUUGAAUAAAAUUUUUUUAUGUA